UUUAGAGAGAGAGAGAGAGAGAGAGAGAGAGAGAGAGAGAGAGAGAGAGAGAGAGUGGGAAUGUGGGAUGCGUUUGUGUUGCGUCUGGUUUUGGCAUUUGACUAUUUGUGGUUUCCUUCAAUUUUUUCCAGUUUCAUUCUCAGUCAUCCCAGCUACUUUCAGUGAGAACAGAAGAAAGCAGAAGAACACAGACAACAAUGACAUCCACUGCAAUCCUCCUCCACCUUUGCUUCUCCAUUGUCAGAAACGAAAGUUCCAUCUGAUCAUUUCCCAUCCCCGGAAUCAGAAACCCACCAAAAACCCCCGUAAUGGCAAAGACGGGCGUGUUUGACUCUGAUCCGACGGCGGUGGCGAAGGCGGCGGAGUUGAAGAAGGAGCUGCAGAGGCUGGUGAAAGCAAUUGUCGACGACGAGGAUUUCACCACCCAGACAAUCGAUCAGGCCAGAGACACCCUCUCUGCUCUGAAAGAAUUGAAGCUCAAGAAAAGAUCGCUCUCUCUCAAGCUCAAAGAUGUCCUCUCUUGCCCGGAAGAGUUCCGGUGCCCGCUUUCGAAAGAGCUGAUGAGAGACCCUGUGAUUGUUUCCACAGGCGAGACGUAUGAUAGGCCAUUCAUCCAAAAAGGACUAAAAGCCGGCAACAGGAUAUGCCCCCGAACGCAACAAGUGCUCACACACACAAUCCUUACACCGAAUCACUUGGUUCGUGAAAUGAUAUCGCAAUGGUGUAAGGAUCGAGGGAUUGAAUUGUCGGAUCCCGUCCUCCUAGUCAAUGAGGAUGGCAUAACAGAAUCAGAUCGCGACCAUUUUCUUUCUUUGCUCAAGAAGAUGUCUUCGACAUUUCCUGAGCAGAAAGAAGCUGCAAAGGAGCUUCGGAUGUUGACGAAGAGGAUGCCUUCUUUCCGGGCACUUUUUAGCGAGUCUACACAUGCCAUUCCUCAGUUGCUCAGUCCUCUAUCUGAAGGCAAGUUUGAAGAUGGUAUUCAUCCGGAACUUCAAGAAGAUGUGAUCACCACGCUCUUGAAUCUGUCAAUCCAUGACAACAACAAGAAACUUGUGGCAGAAACUCCAAUGGUAAUUCCUUUACUUAUGGAAGCAUUGCGAUCGGGGACCAUUCAAACAAGGAGCAAUGCAGCUGCAGCCCUUUUCACUUUGUCAGCUCUUGAUUCCAACAAGGCACUUAUUGGGAAAUCAGGUGCCCUAAAGCCACUCAUCGCUCUCCUAGAUGAGGGUCAUCCAUUAGUUAUGAAAGAUGUUGCCUCUGCGAUUUUCAAUCUGUGCAUCACUCAUGAGAACAAGGCAAGAGCUGUGAGAGAAGGGGCAGUGAAGACGAUUCUGAAGAAGAUAGCUAACCGUGUGCAUGUUGAUGAGUUGUUGGCCAUCCUUGCAAUGCUCUCAAGCCAUCCAAAGGCUGUGGAGGAAAUGGGAGAGCUUGGAGGCGUUUCUUGCUUGCUCCGUGUUAUCAGGGAGACCAAUUGUGGACGCAACAAGGAGAAUUGCAUUGCAAUCCUUCACACAAUCUGUUUGAAUGAUCGAACCAAGUGGAGGGAAAUUAGGGAAGAAGAAAACGCUUAUGGAACAAUAACCGAGCUUGCACAGAAUGGAACUUCAAGGGCUAAGAGGAAAGCUAGUGGCAUUCUUGAUCGACUGAACAGAGCUGUAAAUCUCACACAUACUGCAUGAUGGUGAAUCCUCCUCUUUCACCAUAUUUGUAAAUUCUUCACCUAUUUCCAGAGCUCGGGUUGUUAGUAUAGCGUACUACUUAAGCAACACCGAGCAUCAUGUGUUCAUUCUCAAUCCCCGUUUUGUAUGUUCGCGUUUUAUCUUCCAGAGAUUUCAAGUUGAAGAGCUAGCCAUGAAGAAGAAAUAAAAAAAAUCAAGCUUUAUAUAUCUA